ACCCAUACCCACACAGCCACAGCCACACCCACAUACACACACCCACAUCCACACACCCACACCCCACCCACCGCACACCCACACCCACACCCUCAUUUUAAUAGCAGGGAACAUUCUUAAAGAAGGUUUCUUCGUUGGGGAAAAUUUCCACUUUUGUGGCACAUUCUGCAUCUCUAAAACUUCCCCAGUCUGACAAUUUUCCAAAAGUUCCCCAUUCUAGCAGUUUUCCAAAAUUUCCUUGAGUAAUUCAAGUUUCCAAAAAAUCUCCUCCCCCCGGGGGGGCCGCACAAGGAACAUUCUGCACCUCUGAUCCAGAAAUUUAUGAACGUCUUCAAUCAAAACUUGAUCGUUUUCAAUCAUCAACUGCUUCAAAAAUAAUAACAGAUUCAACAUUUGAUGUGUAUGGUGAUAGUGAUAUUUCUUCAUCUGUAACUCUGAACCAAAUUCAUCUUCAAUUGACACAAAUAGUAAAAAGGAAUUUUUAUUUUAAAUAAAAGAAAAACGAAUUUUAAUUUUUGUGUUUUUUAGCUUCAUCUACUAUUCUUUGGGAACAUAUAACAAAUGAAAAUUUAACAGAAAGUCUUCAAGGUCCAUUUACAACUGAACAAAUGAUUUGUUUAACAAAUACUAAAGAAAUAUUAGAUAAAGAUAAUGUACGGUGCCGUCAUGUGGUACAGAACAAUUCUAUUCAAUAA